UUCAUUAAAUAUUAUCUUCUGUUAUUAUUGUUAAUACCAGUAAUAUGCCCAUUUCUGGGUGGGGACUUGGCCAGUGCAGAGCUUACAAUCCAAGAAAGUGCCCGACUGCCAGCCUUGUCCUGUGAUGAGCUGGAGUGUAGUUAAGAGAAGACAAAUACCUGAGAGGAAGGAGGGGAAGGAGAUUUCAGGUGGACCCAGGCAGAGCUGGGAUCCAGGCCUGGGGCUCUUGGAGUCAGGGUUGUAGCUCAGCAUAGGGUCGAACCGUCAGCCUUUGGAUCUGCCCUCCCGUGGAAGGGACAGUUCCUUAGCUCCCACAUUCUCCCCACCUCCUUCCAAGCAGCUGGCUGGUUUUCUCAGCCCAGUUCUGAUUGCAGGUUGCGUGAGUCCUCUUCUCCCACAUUCCUCAAAUACUUACUGAGUACCUACUCGUGCUGAGCUCCCUUUGGGAGACUGAAGUCUGCGUGAUGGAGACAGAUGGGUGAAGAGCCGAACAGCAUUAGUCCUAAGGAGUUAAUAAAAAUAGGUUAAUGUGGUGGGGGUAGAGACGUGACCGAUGAGAAGAGGCUAACUAUACAGACAUAUGGGGCAGUGACUUCCUUGGCAGAGGGAACAGCCAAAGCAAAGGCCUGACUAGAGAGAGAAAGCCUAUGUGCUUGGAGCUGGGGGAACAAGAGCUGGGUCCUGAGGUUUGGCCUGAGGCUUCCACGCCAUUUAGGAGGCAUCACACUCUUCUCCUCCAAGCCUCCUUGGCCCGAGGUUUGCCCUCUGCACAGUGCUGACUGUAAUUGACCUUGAUUCAUUCCCCCAUUGUAACCUUCUGGGGCCCAGUGAUGUGGGUUUGCUCCUUCUUGGAUCUGUUGUUCGUGGCUCACUGUGGCUCACAGUAGGCCCUCAGUCAGUGCUCAUGGAGAGAAUUUCGACCUGAGACAGGAGAUGGGAUCAGAUGUUAUAAAGCACUUUGUGGGUAUGACCUGGGUCCCCGACUCUGGAGCCUACUCAGAGACAGGGGAAAGUGCUUGGAGGACCUUCUCUGACCAGGGAGCUCAGGGCAGGCCUGACUAUGGUGGAAAGUGUUGGCCCUUCCUGCAUUUCCUCCUCAGCUUUGGACUGUUGGGAGAAAAGGGAAGGCUGUGGAGGGGAGCCCGGGGCCUUGCUGCAGACCUCUUUCAGGGAUAUGGGAAGAUGACAGUGUCGUUCUAGGAAGCAGGUGUAACCCGUGGGUAGGGGUAGGUUUGCAGCCUGAUUUUGCCUUCUGUUAGGGGCUGGGAGCCCUCCAGGUGUUCUACACCUCUCCCCUCCCUUUCUGCCACCUUCACCCUCUGCUCUCCAUUACACGUGUACGGGAGCAUGGGAUUGCUGGGCUGUGUAAGAAGAGAAUCCGGGUACUGUGGUCCGGAGUAGCUCCCUUUCGCCUGUGGACCCUGGGGCAGAGGUCAAGAGGGCAACUAUGCCCAUCACGCACCCUCUGGGGCCCUCCUCCUCCUUAUUCCCUCCACCUCCCAGCAUGGGAACAUCUACUUCCCUUUUCCCACGCCUCCUCUUAACCUGAAGGGCACCUGUUCCUACUGUCACUCUGAGGCUCAGUUGAGAGUGGAGAGGGCUGAAUUAGGGUGGACAAGGGGAAGGAGAGAUGUAAGGUCUGGAGUACCGUGGCUGAAGGAGAGAGGCACUGGUGAGAGGACAGGCGAGAGCGUAAGAAGGCUGGAAGGGUGGUGCUCACAGUUGGCUAUUGAAGUGGAGGGCAGGUGCCCAGAAGUGGCUUGGAAUAAACACCAGGUUCUGGGGCUGGCUCUGAUGUGUCCUCAUUUCAUUUCUCCUAAUAAUGCUAUCAUAUGUGUAUGUAGUACUGUUUUGUGUCCUUUACACGUGCGAACUUAUUUUAAGCCCUACCAUAGCCCUGUGGUUGUUAAUUUCAGAGAUGUCAGUUACAGAUUGUCAUUUUCACAGCUGAGGAACAGGAGUCACAGAGAGGUUCUAUAACUUGACCAAGAUGACAAGUGACAGAGCCAGGAUUUGAAUGCAGGCUUCCACCAUGGACAGAAGCCAGCCUUGGUCCCUCUCUGGUGUCCCAGCUCCUUCUGCCAGGUCCUGGAGGCCUGAGGGAUGGUUGACUAUUGUCCGAGGUCUCUUGGUUCAUCCAGACUGGGCUCCCUGAGGCUGCCAGGAAGAGCCCCUGACCACCCCCAGGAUUCUCGCCUGGUGCAGUUGUCCAGGAUCUCUGAGAGUCUAAGCAGAUCGUGAGGAGAUAGCUGAGAUGCCCUGUAUCCAAGCCCAAUAUGGGACACCAGCACCGAGCCCAGGACCCCGUGACCACCUGGCAAGCGACCCCCUGACCACCGAGCUCAGCAAGCCAACGAUGGACCUGGCCAGCCCUGAGGCAGCCCCCACGGCCCCCACCGCCCUGCCCAGCUUUAGCACCUUCAUGGAUGGCUACACAGGGGAGUUUGACACCUUCCUCUACCAGCUGCCAGGAACAGCCCCGCCAUGCUCUUCUGCCUCCUCUUCGGCCUCCUCCACAUCCUCAUCCUCGGCCACCUCCCCCGCCUCUGCCUCCUUCAAGUUUGAGGACUUCCAGGUGUACGGAUGCUACCCUGGCCCCCUGAGCACCCCCCUGGAUGAGACCCUGUCCUCCAGUGGCUCCGACUACUACGGCAGCCCCUGCUCGGCGCCAUCACCGUCCACGCCCAGCUUCCAGCCGUCCCAGCUCUCUCCCUGGGAUGGCUCAUUCGGUCCCUUCUCACCCAGCCAGACGUACGAAGGCCUGCGGGCAUGGACAGAGCAACUGCCCAAGGCUGCUGGGCAUGCCCAGCCGCCAGCCUUCUUUUCCUUCAGUCCCCCUACUGGCCCCAGCCCCAGCCUUGCCCAAAGCCCCUUGAAGCUGUUCCCUUCACAGGCCACCUGCCAGCUGGGGGAGAGAGAGAGUUAUUCCAUAUCAACGGCUUUCCCAGGCCUGGCGCCCACUUCUCCACACCUGGACGGCACAGGGAUGCUGGACACUCCCCUGCCGUCAACCAAGGCCCGGAGUGGGGCUCCAGGUGGAAGCGAGGGCCGCUGUGCUGUGUGUGGGGACAACGCUUCAUGCCAGCAUUAUGGAGUCCGCACCUGUGAGGGCUGUAAGGGCUUCUUCAAGCGUACAGUGCAGAAAAAUGCCAAGUACAUCUGCCUGGCUAACAAGGACUGCCCUGUGGACAAGAGGCGGCGAAACCGCUGCCAGUUCUGCCGCUUCCAGAAGUGCCUGGCCGUCGGCAUGGUGAAGGAAGUUGUCCGGACAGACAGCCUGAAGGGGCGGCGGGGACGGCUCCCUUCAAAGCCCAAGCAGCCCCCGGAUGCCUCCCCUGCCAACCUCCUAACCUCCCUGGUCAGGGCACACCUGGACUCUGGGCCCAGCACCGCCAAACUGGACUACUCCAAGUUCCAGGAGCUGGUGCUGCCCCAUUUCGGGAAGGAGGAUGCUGGGGAUGUGCAGCAGUUCUACGACCUGCUCUCGGGUUCCCUAGAGGUGAUCCGCAAGUGGGCCGAGAAGAUCCCAGGCUUCGCGGAGCUGUCCCCUAGCGACCAGGACCUGCUGCUGGAGUCGGCCUUCCUGGAGCUCUUCAUCCUCCGCCUGGCAUACCGGUCAAAGCCUGCCGAGGGGAAACUCAUCUUCUGCUCCGGUCUGGUCCUGCACCGGCUGCAGUGCGCCCGUGGCUUUGGCGAUUGGAUUGACAGCAUCCUGGCCUUCUCUCGGUCCCUGCAUAGCUUGGUCGUUGACGUCCCUGCUUUCGCCUGCCUCUCUGCGCUCGUCCUCAUCACGGACCGGCAUGGGCUGCAGGAGCCUCGACGGGUGGAGGAGCUACAGAAUCGCAUCGCCAGCUGCCUGAAGGAGCACGUCUCGACCGCAGCAGGAGAGCCCCAGCCAGCCAGCUGCCUGUCUCGCCUGCUGGGCAAGCUGCCUGAGCUGCGGACCCUGGGCACCCAGGGCCUGCAGCGCAUCUUCUACCUCAAGCUGGAGGACCUGGUGCCCCCUCCGCCCAUCGUCGACAAGAUCUUUAUGGACACGCUGCCCUUCUGACCCCUGCCCAGGAACACGCGUGCAACACGUGUGCACACUCAAGACGCCACCCCACGUGCCUUUAACCCACGGCCCAAGGCCCCUCGGAGCACCCCUGCCCCCAAAGCCCGGCCUGGGCUCCAGCUGCAGACCGGCCGGCCUCCCCACUUGGGCUGGUUGGUUUGGCAGGGAGCUCGCACCCCAGGGGAGGGGGAUGCAUUCACAGGGGGGACCCCUACUAUUUGUCUUAACCGCCCCCAUGCCCGGCCCUGGCCUUCAUGUUUUUGUAAGAUAAACCGUUUUUAACACACACCGCCAUGCUGUAAAUAAGCCAAAUGCCGCUGUAAAUAUAGGAAGGAAGAGGCCAGGAUGGGAGUGGGGGCUGGGAGGGAGGGACAGCCCCCACCAGCCGGGCAAGCCUUCCCCCCUCCUUGCACCUGCUCUCUCUUCCCGCCCUCUUUCCACAUGUACAUAACCUUACUCUAGGAGGAAGACAAAUGACAGAUUCUGACAUUUAUAUUUGUGUAUUUUCCUGAAUUUAUAGUAUGUGACUUUUCUGAUUAAUAUAUUUAAUAUAUUGAAUAAAAAAUAGGCCUGUAGCUGAAA